CCGCUUCGCCAAAUCCAAAAUUAUCCACGGCUGCCAGUGCCCAGCCUUAGGUACGCGACCGUACCUCCUAGCACGACCAGACACCACGCACCUGCACAUCAUGGAGGCUGAAAUCAGGGCCCAAAUCCCUAACAUCGACCCCAUCCUGUCAGACUAUUCCGUCGGCUAUCUGACCCAUGCCUCCAACUCCUUCCUCUCUGAUGCCGACCCCAACGCGCCCUCGCCACUAGCUGAGGCCGCCUCCACCAUUUCCGCCAUCCUACUGUCCGCAUCCGGCGAUCUGUCCAAGGAGAAUGAAGUGACCAUCCAGGGCCUGGUGGACAAGUUCGUCUCGCGCCUAAGUGCCACCAAUGGCGCCAACGGCGAGAAGAGGCAGAUGGCCCCCUCGGCGAAGAGGCUUGACCAGGCCAUCCACGUGGGCUCCUCGCGCAACAUCUCCUCCACGCUGGGCCUGACCGGCGGCGGCGUGGACCUCGAGUCUGCCAAUGCCAAAAAGGUCGAGUCGAGGGUCGACCGCAAGAAGCUGGAGAAGGCCGAGCGGAAGAUCCGCGCCAAGCAGGACAAGAAGGAGAUGAAAAAUGUCGAAUAUGAGGCAUCCCGCCUGCUCAACGUCCCCGACGAGACCCAGUCCUACGAGGAGUUCUUCAUGCUGGUCAACCCGCUGCAACUCGGCGCUGACUCCCAGACCAAGAGCAAGGACGUGAAGAUUGACGGCAUCGACCUCUCGAUUGGUGGUCUGCGAAUUUUGAAUGACACCAACCUCACUCUGGCGUAUGGCCGUAGAUACGGUCUCGUAGGUCAGAACGGUAUUGGUAAAUCUACACUGCUUCGAGCUCUCAGCCGAAGAGAAGUCGCCAUUCCCACUCACAUAUCAAUUCUGCACGUUGAACAGGAGAUCACUGGUGAUGACACCCCAGCUUUGCAAGCGGUCCUCGAUGCCGAUGUCUGGCGCAAGCAUUUGCUUAAGGAGCAGGACAAAAUCACAAGAGAGCUUUCUGAGCUUGAAGCGGAAAGAGCCACGAUUGCCGACACGGCUGUGGAAGCUUCAAAGCUGGACCAUCAACGAGAGGGUCUUGAUAUCACUCUUAGUGAUAUCCACUCCAAGCUCUCUGAGAUGGAGUCUGACAAGGCAGAGCCCCGUGCAGCAAGUAUCCUGGCUGGUCUGGGUUUCUCACCGGAGAGGCAGCAAUUCGCGACAAAGACCUUCUCGGGUGGUUGGAGAAUGAGACUGGCAUUAGCCAGAGCCCUUUUCUGCGAGCCCGAUCUACUGUUGCUUGACGAACCGUCCAACAUGUUGGACGUCCCCUCUAUCACUUUCUUGUCCAACUACCUGCAAACUUACCCCAGCACUGUUCUUGUAGUAUCUCACGACCGAGCGUUCUUGAACGAAGUUGCAACUGAUAUUAUUCAUCAACACUCUGAGCGACUAGAUUACUACAAGGGCGCUAACUUUGACAUGUUUUAUGCUACCAAGGAGGAACGUCGUAAGACGGCCGUGCGAGAAUAUGAGAACCAAAUGGCUCAGCGUGCCCAUCUUCAAGCUUUCAUCGACAAGUUCCGUUACAAUGCUGCUAAGUCGUCAGAAGCCCAAUCGAGGAUCAAGAAGCUGGAGAAGAUGCCGGUAUUGGAUAAGCCAGAGAGCGAGUACACAGUGCACUUCAAAUUCCCCGAAGUCGAGAAGCUGUCCCCGCCUAUCAUUCAGAUGAGUGGUGUGACGUUUGGAUACACUCCUGGGAAUGUUCUGCUUAAGAAUGUCGAUCUCGACGUUCAACUUGACUCGCGUAUUGGGAUAGUAGGACCCAACGGUGCAGGUAAGACGACGGCGCUGAAGCUCCUUAUCGGCGCUCUGCAGCCCACCACGGGCUUGAUCUCGCAGAACCCCCGCCUCAGACUUGGCUUCUUCGCGCAGCAUCACGUCGACGCGCUCGACCUGAAUGCAAGCGCGGUCGGGUUCAUGGCGGCCAAAUUCCCGGGCAAGUCGGACGAAGAGUACCGGCGACAUCUGGGCGCGUUCGGCAUCACGGGCAUGACGGGGCUGCAGAAGAUGGAGCUGUUGUCCGGAGGACAGAAGUCACGUGUGGCCUUUGCCUGUCUUUCACUGACGAACCCGCACAUCCUCGUGCUGGACGAGCCGUCGAAUCACCUGGACAUCGAGGCGAUGGAUGCCUUGUCGGAGGCGCUGAAUGCCUUCCAAGGCGGUGUGCUGAUGGUCAGUCACGACGUGACCAUGUUGCAGAACGUGUGUACCAGUUUGUGGGUAUGUGACCACGGGACGAUCGAGCACUUCGACGGCACCGUCAAGGACUACAAGCGCCGCAUCACGGCGCAGGCGAACGAGGCGGGCGUGCCACACCCCAGCGACGGCUUGUCCGUACCCGUCACUCCUUUGAACUCUCGUCCAGCGUCCCGCGACUGCGAUUCUGCGCGCCCGCCAUACUCGGUCGAUCCUCCCACCACCGAGAACACCACGCUGACCACCGCCGGUGAAUCACCCUAUCCCCCUCCCUUCUCAUCUCUCUAUUUCCCUGCUGAGAGCGCGGCCCACGACCCCAACAAGCCCUUUGUCACCAGCGGCGCCAGCGAGUCUCUCCCGGCCUUUACUCCUGCUCCACCCUUCACCGAGUCGUCGUCCUCAGCUGCGGCUGCUGCUGUCAAAGCUGCGCUUCCCCGCGACACCAAGGAUAGUUCCAGCAGCCGGGACCUCGACGACGGAGAGCCUCCCCCACCCUACAGCGAAGGGUCAAGUCCACUCGACUCGUUCACAUACGUGAUGGCAUCCACAGGCGGCCCCGCGAGUAUCAUAACUCAGGUGUCGCAAGGCGGCGGACCGCCAAUAAAUACACUAGGAGGUGGAUCCGACGAGAACAUCACCUUAGAACUACGUGGAACGCGGUUCACGCUCUCUCGGGAUGAACUCCUAACCCUCCCCGAAUUCGUGCUUCUCUCACUCUUCCCGAACGGCCUUUUACCAGAUGGGCACAUGAACUCAUAUCACGAUGGUGAUGUGUACCCCGUAGAUGUUGGUACUUCCGAUUCUUGUCCCGAUCCUACUCCUCCCCAAGCUCGCUCCAACUCCAUCCAAAUGAUCCUCAAGCACCUCUCCAAUCCCGUAUUAUAUCUAUCUGACAACAUAUACUCUUCCCAGUACGACCCAAACUCGCUGCAAUACAUGCUCGAGUUCUUUCGACAUGUUGCACAAACCAUCCCCACCUCACCCCCUUCCCCCUCCACCCUCGCCGGCACUACGCUCGGUGGCUCGGAAAACCACGCUGAAGCAGUCCCUAUCGAGCCUAUGCAUGGCUCGGCACGCGACAUGCUUCAAGAUCGCGCCGGCAUCAUUGUAUUGCGGGAAGAUCUGGACUUUUACGCGAUUCCACCACGACGAGACAUCGAGCAGACGGAGAUGAUUGAAGUCAAGCGUGCGGCUGGCAAGGCAUUGCUGAAGCAGGACGGCAUCUUCUCUGGGCUUCGGAAGAGCGAGGAGCCGGGAACGACAGAGCAACAUCUUAUCGAGAUGUUGACUGCUGGCGGCUUCAACCACGACGACAGAUGGGGCCACCGGGCCGGCGAGCCCAACAAGGCCGUCAUCUGCAGCAUCGCGCUCGCGCGUCUCCGGACCGACAUCAAGGGGAACGACCUGGCUAACAGCAACGCCGUCGGCAUGGCGCAGAAGCUGCUCCUCUUCUGGCGGAAGCCCGCGCGGCGAUGCUGGUGGGAGGGCGUUGAGCUGAACGACGUCGAGGGCGUGGAUGGGCCGCUGAAAGUGUGGAUUCGGAGGGUCUGGACGCUGGAGAUGAGCGUCAUCGGGCUGCGCUGAUAGCCCCCCUCCUUCUGGAAAACUCCAUUUCUCUUUUCUUUUGUUGUAAAAGGGCCCUGGGGUUAUCUUUCCUAUACAGCAAAGUUUCGACCGGCCGGAGGUCGAGCUGAGGCCAGUCUAUAUCAUUUUUCUCUCUGGUCCCUUGGUUCUACAUGUUUCUAGUGUUUAUUGUCAUUCUACCUUGCUAGCCUGCCUGCCUACCUACUCUACCUGGUUCUUGGUACAUCGACUUCUAAAUUGGGUGUUUUUUUCUGGGUCCCCUUGUUCUUGGGUUGCACUAAAAGGUGGGGAGCUGGCUGUUGUUUUUUGCGUGGAUUCAGUCGUUCG